UUCUCUCUCUCUCUCUCUCUCUACAAAUAUAUAUAUAUAUACGUGUAUUGAUGGAUAGACAGACAGCCCCCCUCCAACUAAAGACAGAUGGAUAGAUAAACUGAUCAACUUUAUUUUGAUUGGUUAUUUAAAAAUUUUUUUUUAUUGUUGUCGUUGUUGUUACCUGUCAAUAAUGUGAACGAACCACCGGUUUAUAUUCUUUUUUAUUUAUUUACUUAUUUAUUUAUUUAUUCUUUAUUUCUUUCUUCAUUAAUAUUAUCAUCAUGAGAAAAAUGUUACAUCAUUAUAAAUGAAUCAAAUAAUGGAACCAUUUGGGUAUAUCAUUUUUGUUUUUUGUUUUUUUUUUUGGGUUUUAAUUUAUCAUUCAUUGAUAUAGAUCAUGAAUAAUUGAUAAGAAAUGAGAUUUUUUUUGUUGUUGCUAUUUUGUUUUUGGUGAAAAAUCCAACCCGCCCUCCCCCUAGUUACUAUUAGUUUCUAUCCUCAUAUAAAUUUUGAAUCAAAUUAUGAGUACAUUGAUUCAUAUUGAAAAAUAUUUAAUUUCAUUCAUUUUAUAUAUUAAAUUCUAUGGAAUUAUGAUUAUUUAUGGUGAAAUUAUAAAAUCAAAUAUUAUAUUAUAUAAUCAUACUCAAAACAAUCUAUCUACUAUUUAUACUACUCAUAAUCAUAAAUCAAUAAAUGAAUCUUUCAUAUUACAUCCAUUCAAUAUAAACUUAAAUGAUAAUCAUAAGAAUGAUGAACAUUAUAAUGAACAAUGGUAUUUUUAUUUUAAUAUGUUUAUUAUUAUAUUUUUAGCAUUUAGUUCAUUUUGUGUAAAUAUUGGUUUAUUAUAUUUAGAUAGACGAGCUAAACCAUCAUGUACAACAAAUAAUUCAAGUUUUUCUAAUAAUUUCAUAACAAUUACUACUACUACUACUAAUAAUAAUAAUAACAGUAGUACUAAUCUUCCUAUGCAUAAUAUCAAUAGUAAUAAUAAUAAUAAUAAUAAUAAUAAUAAUAAUAAUAAUAAUAAUCUACAAUGUUCAACAUUCAAUCUUCUAUUAAAAAAAUGGUCACAUAAAAGAAAUUCUCGUGGAUCUAAUAGUUUAUUAUCUAAUCAAUCAUCAAUAUUUACACUACCAAAUGAGACUAUGAAUAAAAUGACUAUUCCAACUACAACAACAACACCACCACCACCAACAACAACAAUAACAACACCAACACCAAUAACAACAACAACAACAACAACACGUUCAUAUUCUAUAUCAAAUCCUCCAUUAAAUAAAUAUCCAUCAUCAAUUAGUUUAAUAAAAUUUAAUCAAAUGAAUUCAUUUUAUCAUCAUCAUCAUCAUCAUGGUUCAAUACAAUAUCAUACACCACGUAGUCGACGACAACGUCGUUAUUUAAGAGGUUUACUUGGUUUAUCUAUUAGUAAUUUAAGUUUAUCUAUAUGUUUACUUAGUUGGUGUAUAUGUCAAAUUAUUAUAUAUAAUAUUAAUGAACAAUAUUAUAUAUUAAAUGCAUGGUUAACAAUUAUAUCAUUAAUUCAUAUAUGGACAAUAGAUAUUGCACAAACAAUAGAAAUUGGUGCUAUUUUAUGGAUUGCAUUAGAACGUACACUUGGUAUACAUUGGCCUAGUGAAAUACAAACUAUGCAUAAUAAUAAUAAUAAUAACAAUAAAACAAACCCUUCAAUGAAAUGUAAUCAAUUACCAUGUAAAUUUUCAUUAUUAAAAAAUAUUUUUAAAAAAUGUACAUUACAUAAUCAUUUUAAUUGUUCUUCUUCUUCUUCUACUACUACUACUACUACUUCUCGUUGUUGUUGUACACCUUUAUUCAUUUUAAAAGAUACAUCAAAAAUCAAAAUGAAUCAAUCAUCAUCAUCAUCACCAGCAGCCUUAGCAACAACAUCCUCCUCAGCAACAACAACAACAACAACAACAAUAACAAAUAAAAAAUAUCGUGAAAAACAAAAAUCAAUAAUUUGGUUGAUUCGUGUUAUUUUAUGUUUAUUACCAUUAAUAUUAUUUAUUUUAGCAUCCAUUUAUAGUUUUAUUAAUAUGAUACAACAAAUUAAAAAACAUAAAUUAUUAUAUCAUCAACAAAUACAACAUCCAGAACAGCAUCAACAUCAACAUCAGCACCAGCAUCACCAUCAGUACCACCACCACCACCACCACCACCAACAACAACAACAACAACAACAAUAUCAAAUUGAUAUUAUAUCAAAACUUAAAACUACUUAUAUUCCACAUAAUAGUAGUAUAAGUAAUGAUGAUAAUCAUAAUAAUAAUAGUAGUAGUAGUAGUUAUAUACAAUAUUUUAAUUCUUUAAUAGUAUAUAAUUAUUAUUAUUAUUAUAUAUAUAUUACUAAUCAUUUCUUUACUAAAAAGCAUACAUUAUUAUCAUUACAUAAAAUACAUAUUAAAUAUCAAACAUAUAUGUAUUAUACAAAAUCUAUUGUACCAGCAUUAAUUAUUGGACAAUUUUUAGCACCAUUAGUCAUUUUAAUUACAACAAAUUUAUUGAUUUAUCAAAAAGUAGCAUCAAGAGAUAAACGAUUUUUUUCUAGACAAUCAAGUAAUACUAGUAAAUCAUCAUUUAUAUCUGGUACAUCUAUUUCAUCAAUAAGUACACCAAUUAAAAGAAAAUUAACAACAACCACUAUUAAUUUUCCAAUACCAUUAUUACGUGUUCUUGAAAGUAGUAAUCAAGAUAUACGAAUUAAUCUUGAUGAUGACAAUACUACUACUACUACUACUACUACUACUACUACUACUACUACUACUACUACUACCAAUACUACUAAUACUACGAAUACUACUACUAAUAAUAAUACAUCUGAAGAGUAUAAUACAUUAAUCAAUAAAUCAAUAAAUGAUCACUUAGAAACGAAACAAUCAUUAUUCAAUGUAAAAAAUCAAAAACAAAAUACACUUUUAGUUCCUUUUAUUGAUUUAAAUGAGAAUAGUUUUCAAUAUACUACUAUGAAUACUACUAAUCCUACUAAUACUAAUACUACUAAUUCAUUAUUAUAUCAUAAAAAUAAUAGUAGUAUUAAUAAUCAUUAUCAAAACUAUUUAUUUAAUGAACGAAGAAAUAGUAUUUCAAUUAUUCAACCAAUGAUAUCAUAUAAUGAAUUAUAUGAGAAUAAUUCUAAUAUAACAUUCACAUCAAAACGUUUAUUGACUACUACUACUAAUACUACUAAUACUACUACUAAUACUAUUACUAACACUACUAAUACUACUUAUAAUACUACUAAUAAUAAUUGUAAACUAACACCAUCAACAGUAAUAUCAUCAACAUCAUUAAAAACAUCACCAUUAUAUCGAUUUAAUGAAUCAAAUAUAAAAUUAUCUACCAUGUAUACUAUACAAAAACGUCGUAAAAGUAGUAAUGAUAUAUUCAAUUCAAUAUUUCAAUCACGUACAUCUGAUUUAAUACAAACUAAAUCUACUGAUGAAUCUAUAUUAAUACAAGCAUUAAGACGACAACAUAGACGUACAUUACGUAUAUUAAUUAUAUUAUUAUUAAUAUUUAUUAUAUGUCGUGGACCAAGAUCAUUUAUAUUAAUGAUAGAAUGGUUACAAUAUAUAUGUUAUAAUAAACAAUAUAAACCAUAUAUAUAUACAUGGUUACAAUAUACAAGUAUAUUUGCUUAUUCUAGUGCAAUAUUAGAUACAAUUUUAUAUGGAUUUUGGGGUAAUCGUAUUUAUCGAUUAUAUAUGAAACAUUUAUAUAAUCGUUGUGCCUUAUAUAAAUGUUGUAAUUAAUAAAUGAUUCAUUGAAUUAAACUAUGACUUACAUUUAUUAUUCCUUAUAGAGCAUAGAUCAUCGACCAGCAUUCUUCGAUUCAUUCUGUUUUGAGUCUCCCUUUUUUUCUAAUUUCAUUCAAUUGUUGUUUAUUUUUUUCAUGUUUAUCUCUAUUUCCCGGCGUA